UUUGGGCCAGCAAUCGAUUUAUCCCAUUUGUUUGUGGACCCGCUAUAUCCGUUUUGAUUUGAGAAAUCCCGCUUUUUAUAUUCUCUGCUUUUCAAAUACUUGAAUUCAAGCAAUGUCAUCUGUUCGAAGGGCUAGCUCAAAUACACCAACUACUCGUGCUACUUCGAGUGGUGCUUCAGGUUCUGGCAGAAACUCAGCAGUAGGGUCAAAGUGGAGUACUGGUAACCUAUCCGGUUCUGCAAAGAGAAUUCAAAAAGAGUUGGCAGAGAUAAGUCUGGAUCCCCCUAGUAACUGUUCAGCCGGUCCAAAAGGAGAUAGUUUGUACGAAUGGGUUGCAACGCUAAUUGGUCCUGCGGGUUCUCCUUAUCAAGGAGGUGUCUUUUUCUUGGAUAUAACUUUUCCUCCUGAUUAUCCAUUCAAACCACCAAAAGUAGUCUUUCGUACGAGAAUAUUUCAUUGUAAUAUCAAUCAACAGGGCCAUAUUUGUUUAGAUAUUUUAAAAGACAAUUGGAGUCCAGCCUUGACUGUUUCGAAGGUGUUGCUUUCUGUCUGUUCUUUGUUGACUGAUCCUAAUCCUCAUGACCCAUUAGUUGGAAGUAUAGCCCACCAGUACUUGACGGAUAGAAAGGCGCACGACGAGACUGCUGCAGAAUGGACUCGUCGCUUUGCAACGUAGUACAUUGAAUAAUCAUUUUUAUUUCUUUCAAAAGAUAAUAGAUCUUGUGACCUUUUUCUAACGCUUUUGAAAAUAAAUUGAUAUCGUGUGUGAAACACGAAAUAAGAUAGUUCGUGGUCGAAUAUAUCAUAGAGACUUUGUCUUUAGGCAGCAAAAAAGGGUUACUCAUUUUUGUUCUGUUUUCGUAGGCUUCUGGAAAAACCUAGGAAGUCCCUAAACUUGAAACCUGAACGAACGGUUUCUUCAAACAUCUUGAUGUCUUCGUCACCGAAUUCUUCCGGAUGCUUUCGCAUACAGGACUCCAUCCUAUCGAAUUCUGGUUUGCAUAUAACUAACCAUCCAGCACUCAGUGAAGAACUGCUGAAACAACCAAAUAACUGACACUUACAAAGUCCUUUCCCUUCAAUACGAUUCUCUAAAUAACACCGAAAAGAAGUAAGAAACUCACUUUUACAAGAGCUUUCUUGAAGUUGUGCAAUACAAGGACACUAAGAAGAUGGCCAGUUUACCUAUCCAUUCUAUAUGUUCCCUUCCAACUUACUUUGAUGUCCUUAGGAAUCUUGAAAUCGUCGUCAUCGGAAACAAUUCCGUUCAUGAUCAAUGACUAAUAAAUCAAUUACGAACUCUAUCAAGUCCUUAUGUGUAUCAAUAAAAAUGGACUAGGUUUCUGUAGUAAAAACCCUCGAGAUUGU